AUGGAUGCAUACAUCAAGCGUUUCGAAGGUCACGCCGCUGAUUGCGGGUGGGAAAGAUCAAAGUGGGCACUCGCUCUUAGUGCAUUGUUAAAGGGUAGGGCACUAACUAUCUACCACAGUCUGGGUCCGCACCAGCGCGGAGAUUACGAGGCAUUGACAACAGCGCUGCUGAACGGUUUUGGCAUCACUGCAGACCGGAUGCUAGAGAAUUUCCGUAGAGCUCAAUUGCAAAAAGGGGAGACAUAUGUGCUAAUGUUACAGCGGUUAGAAUCGAGUCUAAACCGUUACUGUGAACUCAUGGAGACUGCUCCUGGGAGCAUGGAGUUCUAUCAACUGAUGAUUCGUGAACAGUUUUUAAAAGCAUGCGAAUCGUCUCUGCGUGUCAAGCUCAAAGAGCAAGAAGUUGUGUCAAAUCUGUCUUUGGCCAAGCAAGCUGAUCUGUGGGCUGGGGCCAGGAGACAGGUGAAAGGGGUGAAGCCGCACGAGAAGCAUCAUGCUACAGGUAUUGGCGAGGGAGCUAAGCCUAAGACUGGUGUGUCGGGGGAGCAGGGAAACUCCUCCAACAAGCAUGUGCACAAGUGCUACACCUGUGGUAAGCCAGGUCAUCGUGCAGCUGAUUGCAAGGUAAAACCGAAAUCAGGUUACAUAGCAGGUGUGAGCUCAAGUGGUAAGAAACAUCCCAACGUUGGAAAGGAUCCACUAGCUUGGACCCUUGAGGUGGUGGACGGAAAUGUUAACGGAAAAUCGGCGAAAAUCUUCCGUGACAAAGGCGCCACUACCCACAUGGUAAGAAAAAGCCUAGUAAAGCCAGGAUCUGAGACAGGUAGACAUAUCUAUGUUAAAUUCCCAAAUGGCUAUGCUAAAGAGAUAGUGGAGGUGUAUGUGUGGGUCGACACACCUUACAUCAAAGGUAAAAUUCGUGCCGUUCAACAGGAACGUGCUGUAUAUGGACUUUUAAUGGGAAAUGUUCCGAGAGUUUCUGAUUGCCCGAGUCCACCCUCGAAGAAAACGGGGGACAGUGAGGAAGCUUCUGCCUCAGCUGAGUGCAGCCACACUCAGUCAACUGAAGCCAAGGGUGACUCGCCUGGGGAUGACGUCACAGGGAGUGACCACACCCUCACCCAGCUGAAGAAUAAGGGAGAGAAGGCAAGCUGUGAAGUUAUGGAGAGAGAAGCAAAACCUCUGGUUGAAGCAACAGCAACUCCAUUAACAGGUAACUUGCUCGUGGCAGCUGUCACUACGAGGUCAGAGACCAACAAGCCGACUCGCCCAGAAAAACAUUUGAAAUUACGAGACAUUCAAGGAGUGUCUGCAAAGGAGUUUAUUGAUGUCCAAGGGAGCGACCCAACAUUAGCCCAGAUACGUAGGUAUGCUGAGGAGAAAAAAGUUUUCCAACACCAGGAACGCAAGUACUGGUACUUGCACCAUAAUGGGAAACUCGUGCGCAGUGUUGAGACGCCUCACGACAUUUGGGACCAACUCGUUGUUCCACAGGAGCAUAGAUUGGCUGCGUUCCGCUUAGGUCAUGAAGUGGUCAUAGGUCAUAUGGGUCACGCAAAGACCAGUGCGCAGAUACAAGCUGUGUUCUACUGGCCAGGAAUUACUGGGAAAAUACAGUGUUACACUCGCUCGUGUGACACCUGUCAGCGCACUACUGAUCAAAGACGGGUGAAGCCCGGGAAGCUUCAGCCCCUACCCAUCAUUGAUCAGCCGUUCAAGCUGGUCAGCAUUGAUCUGGUUGGUCCGAUCAUACCGAGUGCAACGGACGGCAGUAAGUACAUCCAGACCAUGGUCGAUCACGCAACAAGGUACCCAGAAGCAGCUGCCCUGAAAAACAUCGAGACGUCAACGGUAGCGGAAGCCCUGGUAGGUUUUUUCAGUCGCCUUCGGUGUUCAAGCCUGGCACCUUGA